CGCCCCCCGGCCCCCCUCUCGUUCGGCCUCGCAGGAUGCAGAUCUCACCCUUGCUGGCUGGUGGACUUUUACUCGUUCUGCUCUCCGUCAGGCUGGAGGCGAAGGCGGCAUCUCAGCUCCCACAGAAGGGCUCCCGCGGCUCGGCAGCGGCAGCGGGUCCGCCCGAGGCGGCGGCGGCGGCAGAGCGGGAGAAGGAACGGGAGAAGGAGCGGGAGAAGGAGCGCAGCGGCGGCGGGUCGGGCCCGCGGGAGGCCCGGGAGGCGCGGGCCGAGUCCCGGCCGCGGGCAGGCUGGGCGAGGCUGCUGCAGGACCCGCCGGGCCGCCGCCACAAGGGCCUCCAUAAGAAGGGCCUGGGCAAGGGCUGCUUCGGCCUCAAGCUGGACCGCAUCGGCGCCAUGAGCGGCCUCGGCUGCUGAGGGACCCCUGGUGGGCUUUGAAUCCAUAGUCCAUUUUCUCCUACCCUGGCCAGGCAGGGCCAUUCCCCAGGCAACGCCUAGAAGAGCAGAGAUCUCCCCUGGAAUGGACAAAAGAUGUGGCUGUGUUUUUCUUUUUGGUACGAGGAGUCAUGGCACCAGCUGUUUUGGUUUUGUUAUUUUUUU